UAGGGAGGCGAUUCCCUCCGGCUCCUCCCAACAGCCUCGGACUCCACUGGAAACGCCCUCCUCGUAUCCCCACUUACACCCACCCAGACCCACACAUUUCCCUUCCCCCGCUCCAUCCCCCAGACUCCCCUUCCUUCCUGUAACUGCAGCCUUGGUGACCUCCGCCCAGCGCCCCAGGGGCCGCGGCCCGCCCCGCCCUUGCUGGCCGCCUAGCCCUGGUGGGCCGGGCCGGGCCUGGUAUAAACGAGCCGGCGCAGUGAGUCGCACGCGAGACACCUGCGGAUUGCAAGCCGCGCUUCCCAGGCAGUACCUUACCCCGGCCAGGGUCGCCGCAGCAACCAGCAGCGCAGCCAGUCAGCGCCCGAGACCGCUCCUCGGCCGCACGCGUCGCAGCCAUGGUCGGAAAAAAAGCACUGAUUGUACUGGCUCACUCAGAGAAGACAUCCUUCAACUAUGCCAUGAAGGAAGCUGCUGUAGAAUCUUUGAAGAAGGAAGGAUGGGAGGUGAUCGAGUCGGACCUGUAUGCCAUGAACUUCAAUCCUGUCAUUUCCAAAAAGGACAUCACAGGUAAACUGAACAACCCUGGGAACUUUCAGUAUGCUGCUGAGUCUGUUCAGGCUUAUAAAGAAGGCCGCCUAAGCCCAGACAUUGUGGCUGAACAAAAGAAGCUGGUGGCUGCAGACCUUGUGAUAUUUCAGUUCCCAUUGCACUGGUUUGGAGUCCCCGCCAUUCUGAAAGGCUGGUUUGAGCGAGUGUUCAUAGGAGAAUUUGCCUACACUUAUGCUGCCAUGUAUGACAAGGGACCUUUCCGGAAUAAGAAGGCAGUGCUUUCCAUCACCACAGGUGGCACCGGCUCCAUGUACUCUCUGCAAGGUGUCCAUGGGGACAUAAAUAUCAUUCUCUGGCCAAUUCAGAGUGGCAUUCUGCAUUUCUGUGGCUUCCAAGUAUUAGAACCUGAACUGGCAUAUAGCAUUGGUCACACUCCAGCAGAUGCACGAAUUCAGAUCCUGGAAGGAUGGAAGAAACGCCUGCAGAAUAUUUGGAAUGAGACACCACUGUAUUUUGCCCCAAGCAGCCUUUUUGACCUUAACUUCCAGGCAGGGUUCUUACUGAAAAAAGAGGUACAGGAUGAACAGAAAAACAAGAAAGUUGGCCUUUCUGUGGGCCAUCACUUGGGCAAGUCCAUCCCAACUGACAACCAGAUCAAAGCCAGAAAAUAAGAUUCACAAGACUUGAUUUCUCUCUAACAUGUAGUCAAAUCUGUGUAUUUUUUUUUCAAGUUUCACCAACUUACUUUAGCUUUUAAGAUCUGGGUGUUUCUUUUUCCACAAGGAAUGAAUAGGAGAGGAACUAGACUGUUUUGUGUAGACAUUUUUGAGUGAUUUUAUAAUUAAAUCCAACUGAUUCUUACAAUUACUAUCAUGGAAUAGAGCAAAAAUCUGAUUAGGCUUAAGAGGCUACUUAGGGGAAGGUAUAGAAAGAUGCUAGAAAAAUAUUCUUUAAGAUCAUCUACACAAUUCUUUUUAGGGCUAAACUUUUAGGGCAAAAUUUGGCUAGAGAGCAUUCAACUUGCCAGUGAUCUAUUUCUUUUAAUUACCUCUCUGUAGUUUAUGGCAGGAGGGAAUUGCUCAGAGAAAGAAAUGACUGUAUUUAUCUGACCUAACUUGUUUUGUAGUUAGUAAUCUAAUGCUUGUUUACUAUGCAGUGAAUACGUAAUAUACCUAUCAUGAGUAUUACUCUUCCUUCAACUUUUGUUGUUUGUAUACAGAACACAGAUACCUUGAAAUGAAUAGCUAACAAAACUCUCUUCUUUACCUUAGUCUUCUAAUUUAAUGUUUGCAGAAAUAAAUUAACACAUCCACACUGUACAUUUGCCACGUUGAGUGAAUUCAAGAAAGGAAAUAGUAUCUUCAGUACUUAAGAACAGCCUUCCACAAAAAUACUUUAUUUCUGAUCUAUACAAACUUCCGGAAGGUUAUUUGCUGUAUCAUUGCUAAACUGACAACUUUCCUUUUAAGAAUGUGUUUUGGUCCCAUAACUUUUGGGAUAAAAUGGUAAGCUUGGAGUUUUAUUAACUUAGGUGAACAAUUUUGGCAUAAUAUUCUAAUUUCUAUUUAAAUUCUUGAAUUGCAUCUCUUCCCACUGUUGGUAUAAUUCAGGUAGAAUAUGAUAAAAGACUGCCCUCUUGUGGUGCAUUUGAAAGAAAAUAAGAGAAAUGAUGCAAAAUGAGUUUACCCAAAAAAUGGGAAACAGCCUCUUACCUUCCAAGGAAAUGAUGGCAUUGGGCCAGGAUGGAGAACUUCAUGUACCAGAUGCUGACUAGCACUAGCUAUUUUUUGCUGUGACAGUAUCCAUGAUAGCAGACUGCUGGGUUUUUCACGUUGAAAAUAUUUUCUGUUGCCUUCAUCUUCACUGCAAUUUUGUGUAAAUUUCUAAACAAAAUUAAAUAAAUAAAAUUCAUUUCUACAAAACA